AUGGAUAUAAGAACUGAAAUGAACAUGUCUGAAGACGUGAUCUCAAGCUCCUUAUCUGAGCCCACAAAUUGCUGUACAUCAGCCAAUAGCCAUGUUGAGGAUGCCUUACUAGAUGGUCUGGAGGACAGUACAAAACUAGUGGGUGUUCAGGUGAUUUUGAUUUUGGCUUACAGCACCAUUAUCAUCUUAGGUGUGACUGGGAACUCACUGGUCAUCUAUGUAGUGUACAAGUUUAGAAAUUUACACACAGUCACUAACUAUUUCAUUGUCAACUUGGCUGUGGCAGACUUAUUGGUCAACACAUUGUGUUUACCUUUUACUUUGAUGUACACACUGUACGGAGAGUGGAAAUUUGGACAGGUGAUGUGCUACCUGCUGCCAUAUGCACAAGGCUUAGCAGUGCACGUUUCAACCAUCACGCUCAACGUGAUAGCACUGGACCGGUACCGUAGCAUUGUCUAUCACAUGGAAACCAAGAUGUCCAAAGACAUGUGUGUAGUCGUCAUUGUGAUCACAUGGGUAGCAAGUGCUAUCCUUGCUAGCCCUCUAGCUAUCUUUCGUGAAUAUGUGACCUUUGACCUAACACCUGAGCAGUCAAUUCAGGGUUGCGCUGAGAGGUGGCCUGGAAGCAGUACGGAUGGGACCAUCUACAGCAUUUCCAUGUUUUUUAUACAGUACGGCCUGCCAUUAUCUAUCAUUUCAUUUGCAUACAUUCGGAUCUGGAACAAGUUAAGAAAUCACGUUAGCCCCGGUGGUGGCCGUAGCGACCGACAUCAGCGACGACAGAAGACGACAAAAAUGCUCGUGGCUGUAGUGGUGGUCUUCACCGUUAGCUGGCUGCCCUUUCACGCCUUCCAGCUGGCUGUGGAUAUUGAUAGUAGUGUACUGGAAAUGAAAGACUUCAAAUUGCUCUAUACAGCAUUCCAUAUUGUGGCCAUGUGCUCCACCUUUGCCAAUCCCAUCCUCUAUGGCUGGAUGAACAGGAACUACAGAGGAUCCUUUGUGGCUGUGUUCAAGUGUGGCAGGUUAAACAACAGAAUAAGAAGGGUUUGUAGAAGUAAGGGAGUAAGGGACAAAUGUACAGCAUGCAAUAAGCAAAAUACAAUCAGUGUUACCUUUGUACAGGCAAACACACUGUUGUGA